UAUUUCUUUUUACAAAAAUAAGACCAAGAGUAAGUAUGGUCUAUUCAUUUUGAUGGGGAGCGGGUGGAGCCUGAGGUGAUUCCCAGAAACAGGCAUUCAACCAAGAGGACUGCUGACCUGCAUUUGAAAAUGAACCUAAUCCUGUCCUCAAGAUCAGAAGAUCAUUCCUUUAACACUCCCCGGAAUCUGAGGGCCAAAGGUUCAUCUGAGUCCUCCAGGGUAUCCUACCUUCAGUAUAAUUUUUUUGCCCAUCAAUGUCUGUAGCCUUAGCAUUCUUUUGUACAUCACAAGUGUUGCUACCUUGAAUGAAAAAUAUUGAUCCAUUGAACCGCUGCAAACGCAUGAGGCGUUACUCUCAGCCUCCCACCCCUCAAAAAGUUUAAGGCUAAGUUACUGAAGACGUCCAAGAGCGCCGUCCCCUGCCUUCGAACAAGGCCUGGGUGUGGUGUGGUGUGGGUGUGCGUAUGCGUGAGUAUCUGGCUGAAUGCUAGCGCGAUGGCAGCUUCUGCCCUGCUUCGCGCCCAGUUAAGUCAACCCGCCUUCCGGCUUUUCCGUCCGCCCUGCCCAACAGCUAGUCCUCUAGAGGCGCUGGGAAGGAGUUUAACGAAGGGAAGUAUGCUUCGGCGAAGUGCACAUUCUCUCAGGAGUUAUAUGACAUAUGAGCAGACUUUGGAGGGGCUCGCCGAGAAGCUACGGUCGUCCGGAUGUCCACCGGGAGGAGGACGGCGGCGGCUGUAAGGCCUUGGGAGAGAAUCCCGGACUCGUGAUGUAAAAAAGCCUCCCGUGACGUCGGAGCUGCUGUCGUGAAGCGCCGUGUCUUGGUGAGCCAGGCGCUAUGCUUGGGACGCUCAGUGCCGGGCCCGGAGAAAGCCAGCAAUCCGCACCUUUCUGCUGCUGCCGUGUUACCAACUACAUGCGGGAAUACAGCGAGUGUUGAAAGCAUGGGGAAGAAUAAAGGCAGUUGGAGAAAAUUUUUCUGUUGUGCUGUUCCACCAGAAACUCAGUCCUCAACAUGCAUUAAUAUUAUUGGGCCUGAUCACUUCAAAUCUUCAGAGUUGUCCGAACCGGACCUGGAGCUAGACCACAAUGAGGAGGAAGAUGAUUUAUAUAUUGAAGCUGAGGUACAGACAUCUAAAGUAGAAAUUCCAGAAGGAAAUCGGUGGCGGUGGUCACGACUACAUAAAGAAGUUGAGUUGCAAACUUCCAUUAUUUCAGUACCCAUUGUAGAAGCAGAGUCACCCUCUGAGGCUGAUGUUCAGAUCCAGACUUCAUUUUCAAGCUUACCUACAGAAGUUGAUGCUCAUGCACAAACGUCAUGUGUCUCCCUGCGGAGCCCAACCCCAGUUGAUACUGAUGCCCAAAUCCAAGCUUCAUUUGCAGAAUUAAGAAGACUCUGUGAGGUUGAAGCUCAUUUGCAAAGAUCGCUGCUGUCUUUAUCAGAAGAAAAGAAAAUCCAGGUGCAAACAUCGCUGCUGUCAUUAUUUGGAGAAAAGGAGGCCCAGGUGCAAACAUCGCUGCUAUCUUUACCAGAAGAAAAGGAGGCCCAGGUGCAAACAUCGCUGUUGUCGUUACCAGAAAGAAUGGAGGCCCAGGUGCAAACAUCAUUAUCAUCACUACCUGAAGAAAAGGAAGUUGAGGUGCAAACCUCAUUUAUUUCUUUACCAGAUAGGGAGCCUGCAGAAUCUUUGAAAGAGUGUAUCCAGACUCAACCUUUGUAUCUAGAAUUGUUAGAGAAGAUUGCUUCUUUGCCAAUAUUAGUUGAGACUAAAGUGCAGACUUCACCUACUGAUUUGCACAUUCCUUCACAGACAGACAUGCAAGUACAGACUUCAUUUUCAGACAUGUCAGAAAAGGAGGAUGUGUCCUCUAUUGAGAAUGAGUUCCAGAGUAAGCUGUCAUUUUCCCAGUCAUCACUGGCGGAACCGAGCAACUUAUACCCUACAUAUGUUAAUGCUGAAGUGCAGACUUUACCUGUGGAAGCACCUUCUGGGAAUGAUUGGCGUGCUGCUCGAUUGAAUGCUGAGGCCCAGGUUCAGACCUCAUUUACUUCAGUAAUAGAGUCAUCGGAAAUCCAGGUACAGCCAUCAGAGCCUGAAUUAGAAAAAGAAGAGUUGGGGGCUCCUCUGCUCAUAGAAAAGAAAUCUCUCCCAUUUCAACUGACUGAAGCUUCUGCACAAACAUCUGACUCUUUGAUCCAGCAGUGGGACAAGUGGCAUUUAUUACAUCCACAAGCUAGUGCAGAGGUCCAAACAUCAACUGUUGAAUUGUUAAAGAAGCUUCCUUUGCUAUCACAGAUUGAGGCCAUGGAACCACUUUCUCAUGCUGAAUUUCUAAAGAAAAUUUCUUCACUGUUGGUGGCUGAACCCCAGUUGCAACAGUCAAGUCAUGAAUUAAUGCGGAAGGCUUCUUCUUGGUCAGAUAUUGAGACCCAAGACAUGACUUUCAGUGAUGAGCACUUUGAGCAGCAUCCCUUUUCAGCACAAAAGUUACCAACUUCAGAAUAUGAAUCUGCAAGAUCAUUUUCUUCCACAUCAUUCAAAAAAGAAGCUCAAGUGCAAACAUCUGAUUUAGAACUAAUGAAAAAACUCUGUUCUUUGUCACAGUCCAAACUCCAGGAGCAGUGCUCCUCUUUGUCCUUAAUUGAGGCUGAAAAUGAAAACCAAGAGAUUACAGAAGGAAAGGAGUACCUUAUUACACCACAAGUAAUAGAAGCUCAGAUCCGCAAGUGGUAUCAUGAGCUUCCAGAAGUUCAAACAUCAGCUUCUCAGACUCCUUUCCAAAGAGACCAUCUUUGGUCUCCAGCUGUUGAUUGUGAGGUACAAACAUCAUAUGUUGAAAUACCAUUUGGAAAUAAAUGGCGGGCAUCACACCUGCAAGCUGAAACUGAAACUCAGACUGCAGAACUUGAAUUGACUACAGAGGAAAUAGAAUCUCCUUCUCCAAAGCAAUCUGAACCUCGGAGACAAGCCUCCUUGCUUGAAAUAUGGAAAGCAAGAGACUUAGCUGAUGCCCAAGAACAUGCUUCAGUAUCAGAUUCAUCAAAGACAGUGGAAUCGCCUCCUCCAUUAGUAGUUGAUAGUGAAGCUCAAACAUCACUGUUUGACAUCUGGAAAGUAAAAGAACAAAUGGAUGUUCAGGUGCAAACUUCUGCAAGUGAAUUCUCAAAGCAAGGAAUUACAUCUCCUGCUGCAGACAAAUUAGCUCAGACCUCUUUUAUUGAUAUAUGGAAAGCCAAAGAAUUGGUUAACAUGCAGCAGCAGACAUCUGAAAAUAAGUUAGAGGAGGCAAAAGUGGAGCAUUCUCACAAGUUGAAAGCUGAUUUUGAAAUGCAGACAUCUUUGACAGAUAUAUGGAAGAAAAAAGAACAAUUGGACACCCAGGCACAAACUUCCUUUGCUGAUAAACUAGAGGAAAAGGAAGAACCUUCUCUUGUAUCUCACACUGAUGGUGUACAAGUGCAAACAUCAGAUGCUGACUUUCCUUCACAUUUGUAUACUGACUUUCAGCAGCAGACUUCACUUGAACUAGAAGAGUCAGCUCAACCAUCACAAAUGAAUAUCCUGCCACAAGCCUCUCUACUUGACUUAUGGAAAGCAAAAGAAGAGUCUCAUCUAGUGUCACAAGCAGAUGCUCAGAUGCAGACCUCAGAUGCUGAGAUGCCUCAGGAGGAUCUGUGGCAUCCACCUCAUAAGUAUGCUGAUUUUCAGCAACAGACUUCACUUGAACUAGAAGAGGCAAAAAUUGAAGCACCACAAAUGGACACCCAAAUACAAACCUCUCUCCUUGACAUAUGGAAAAGAAAGGAACUGAAUCAUGCCCAGCUACAAACAUCUUGGAUUGAUUUGCCAGGAUCCACAGAAAAAAACCCUUUCCCCUCUGAAUCUGAGAUCCCAGUUCACUCAUCCCUGGUUGUAAAGGCAGAAUCUCCUCCUGCAGGCCAAGUCAUAACCCAGGUGCAAACCUCCUCCCUCGAUAUAUGGAAGACAAAAAAUCUAACAGACACUGAAAUUCAAACUUCCCUAUCCUAUUUGCCACCAACUACUGAGAUAUUUCCUGUCUCACAACAGACUGAAAGCUCAAAGCUAUCAUCUGCUCCUGAAAUAUUGAGGGUGACAGAGUCAGUGGAAGAUCAAAUAAAACCCACUAUGACUGAAUUUCCAGGUAUCAAUGCUCAAGUCUUCCUGACUGAUAUGCAUGUUCCAGAGGAUCUUCCAAAUGCCCAGAAACAAUCUCCUGGGAGCCCUCUACUAAGUUCCCCAUCAUUCAUAGAUGUGUCAUCCACCCGAUCUCAUAUGGAUGCAUCUCGUGCUCUUUCACACAGAGAGGUGUCUUCUCCUCUAUCGCACAUGGUGUUGCCUCUUGCUCCAUCAUACAUGGAGAUAUCUCCAGCUCCUUUGAGUACUAAAGUGUCUCCUGCACCUUUGAGCAUUGAAGAGUUUCCUGCUGUGUCACACAUAACUGAGUCUCCCUUUCUUCCAUGCAAAACUGAGUCUCAGGUUCCAUCACGAAUUUCCAGUCCAAGGAGACCAUCAACUCCUGCAUCAGGAUAUACAAAAACUGAGACUUUCCGCCUAGAACACAGUAGGGCUCUGGUGCAAAAAUCAUUGCUCGAAUUAUGGACCAUGAGAGAGGAAGCAGUGCUCCAAAUGCAAAAUACCAAUUUUGGCCUGUCCUUUGAGGAAAAUUUGAGAUUAUUUCCAAAACUAGUAGAGAGUCCAGUGGAAUUUCCAGAUGUUAAAAUACAAGAUGAGGAAACACUAGAUCAAAUUUCCAGAGUGGAAAGGAAAUCAAAAACUCCUCUAUUUACUGAAGCUCAAGUUCAGACUUCAUAUGUCGACAUACCACGGGGAAAGAAAUGGCGUUCGUCUCGCAUAUGUACAGAGGCACAGGUGCAAACCUCUUCACAUGAAAUCCGUGCGAAAGACAGGAUUCCAGCUGUACGUGAUCAUAUAGUAGCCAAAAGCAGAGUGCCUAAAGGACCAAGGCGAGCAGCACCACUGUCUGUGCACUUACACAUAAAGAUGGCGCCAAAGCAUUGACCUAACAGUGAAAAAAAAUAAUGAAUACUUGAAUUUAAAGAAAUAAAAGAUUACAAAAUACCACAAACAUAAGCAGUGAUUACAUCUGUAGGCAAUGUGCAAGUUUACAUUUUUGAGAUGCAUGUGAAGAAACAAGGAUGUUUGAUUUUUUUAAAUUUGAUAUUUGGUGAUCGAUAUGAAUCAGUGAAAUAAAACUGUCAGUAGAAAAACGGAGUAGCAUAGCAAUCUCUGGUUUCCUGCUGACUGCUUUUAUGGCCCACUUUAUACAGGAGACAGUGCAGGGCUGUCAUUUGAUUGGUUCUCAAUAUGUUUUACAAACACCUCAUUUAAGAA